AGAACAUUUCGAGAGAUUAUGUUCCUGCAGUUUCAGGGCAAGGCAGUGUGAGACAGUGGAAUUUUCCUUCCUAAAUAGGACUCAAGUAACACUGUCAAGAUUUAGCUGCAUCUCUAGAACAAUAUCCCCUUUUGGGUAAAAACCUUCUUUAGAUCAUUUGCAUGGGUAUUGUGACUAUUCUCAGAAUGAAAACAAUGUGUGUGAUGGCCUGGCUGGGUAUCACUGCUUGGUGAGUGUGUUUUCACAGGUUGCUGCAGGUGAGUGUGUUGUUUUGUGAACUUUCCUAGAUGUUACACAUUAUAAAAUGUUGGACUAUUAUGAAGUGUUUAUGGUGUCCCUGGCUGCACAGAAGUGGGAAAUAAAAGCUGUUAAAGCUGGGGAUGAGCAUAAUGAUCCCAUGAGGAUUGCCAGUCUGCAAAAAUGUGAGGAUGGACUCCACCUGCAGUGUGAUACCUGUGUUCAGGUAUCUCUGUGUGCUGUCUGAUCUCCAUCCACUCAGUUCUUCAAAGCAGCCUUUGAUUGUGUGAGCUAGCCCUCAGAUGGACAUGUUCUCAUUGUUUGGGUUUUUACCUAUGAAUGCUGAGGGCAGAUAUGAUCUAUUUUCAUGCCACAAUAAUUCUUUGGUUCAGUAGGAAAUGUGAGAUGCAUAAAGGGGACUGGAUUUUAUUAUAAAUAAUAUAAAGGGAGCGUUAGAACUAAUGUCUCAUUCAACAGAGAUUAUUUUUUUGAUUAACUGACUGGUUUCCUACUAUGGAACAAACUUAAAUCCUUUUUAAAAUUUCAUUUCAGAAGAAGUCUAAUGGAGGAAAUAGCAUAUUAAUGCUUGUUCCAGACAGUAAUACAAACUGAAAUAGUUAUUGUACCUUUUUAUGAUUCACAAGCAGAACACGUGAUUUUUACAGCUGAGUCUCUUCCCUGUGCAGGAAUUUGGGGAACAUCCAAAUAUCAUCAAGCUGCUCGAUGUUAUCCAAGCAGAGAAUGACAAGGACGUCUACCUCAUCUUCGAGUCCAUGGAGACAGAUUUACAUGCUGUGAUUAAAAAGGGGAAUUUGCUGAAAGACAUCCACAAGUGUUACAUUCUUUACCAACUCCUGAAGGCAACUAAAUUCAUCCACUCAGGGAAUGUUAUUCACAGGGAUCAGAAGCCUUCCAACGUCCUGCUGGAUGGCCAGUGCUGUGUGAAGCUGUGUGACUUUGGGCUGGCCCGUUCCCUGUGCCAGCUGGGCGAGGAGCAGCCCAGCCCUGCCCUCACCGAGUACGUGGCCACGCGCUGGUACCGAGCGCCUGAGAUCCUGCUGGCCUCUCGCAGUUACACGAAGGGUGUAGACAUGUGGAGCAUUGGCUGUAUUCUUGGAGAGAUGCUGCUUGGGAAGCCCCUUUUUCCUGGAACAUCAACAAUGAAUCAAAUAGAGCAGAUCCUGAGGGUCAUCCCUGCUCCAUCCCCAGAAGAUAUUUUGGCUCUGCAGUCAGAGUACAAGGCCUCAGUUAUUAACCACAUGAGUUCCCGGCAGCGAGUAGCAUUUGAGGAGAUUUUCCCAUCCUCUACUCCAUUGCCUGCCUUGGAUUUGCUGAAGAAACUUCUAGUAUUUAACCCUGACAAACGGCUCACAGCAGAGGAGGCUCUGCAGCAUCCUUAUGUGAGCAGAUUCCACUGUCCUUCCAGGGAGCCCUCUUUGGAUUCUGAUGUGAUCCUUCCUUUGGGUGAUGAUGUCCAGCUGUCUGUGGCAGAAUAUAGAAAUAAAUUAUAUGAGAUGAUCCUUGAAAAGAAGUCAAAGAGCCUUCCAAAGGAGCAAAGGCAGAGAGAAAACAUUCAGCUGAGCCAGUCUGAAUCCAGCACACUUCUCCCAGGUUUCAGCUCAGUGACUGUACCCACCAGGAAAGGCCAGCAAGAACCAACACCCCCUCUUCUAAACCCUUCACACGUGCACACUGGAGCCACAGCUGGGGUCCAACCAGCAGGUUCCAGCCAGAGCAAGGAUUUGGCCAGAACUGUGUGUCAGAGAUCACAGAUUAGUGUAAUGGUAUACAACCCCAUCACACACACCACUGUGCAGAGAAAUGCAAAUCCUGGUGCUGGGAUCAGGAACUGUUCUGCACCACCUCAGCAGUCCAGAAUCUCCAACUGUGAGAAAGUAGGGAGACAAAUCACGUGGCCAGACACUCGGGUCUCUCCUACAAGUGUGCAGAAUCUUUAUAAUAAUCCCAGAAACUCUCAGUGUCACAGCAAAGAUGUUCGUCCCCUUCCGAAGCCCAGUAAAAAGAUGUUCCAGAUCACUGCAAACGUGGAAGCUGCGGGUGAUCCAAGGGCAUCCAUGGGCAGCUACUCCCAGGCCUAUGGCACCAUCAGUAAAUCUGCACUGCAGAGUCUUCCAAUAGCAAAGGCCUCCAAAACCCCUGAGCAGUGACUGUGGAGAUAUUCCACACAGAAAGCAAAUUUUCAUGAGAUACUAUUGCUGAGACAUUGUAAAGGUGUUGCCAGUUUACAGUGGGAUUACAGGAAACUUUAUAUUCCUAUGUCAAUGAUGAUUUUGGAUACCUUUUCCUCAUUAACUUGAAGCUCUUGUCUCUGUCUCUGAGGUUUUACUCUACCUGUGAUGAAUGACUGUUAUUCCCUCCCAGCUCUCUCAGUUGUUCAUGCUGCUCCAGACCUGUCACCUCAUGAGCUGCAGUUGCACUGUCAAGGAAGUCACUACUUGGCCAAGGCAGGAUUUUGCUUUAGAUGCUUAUUUCAACUCAGACUCACCUGAAAAGGCCUCCUAAAACCAAGCCCUUCUCCAUCAAAAGCACCUCAGCAGCUUCUUUCAGCUCAGUCCAUAAAGCAAGUAAUUCCCUGUCCACAAAGGAACAAACCACAAGCAAACCCACAGGCUCAGGAACUGCUAAAUACAAAAGCUGGGCCAGUGCUGCUGGAGAAGAUCAGAACCACAGAUUAGGCCAAAAUAUUGAUUACAACUAUUUUUUUUGUAUGUAAACCUUCAAAAACGUGCCUCCUAUGUCUGAUUCAUUCUGAGAUACAGAAAAAGAGUAACUUCACCUGAGAAACCACUGAGCUUUAAAUACCUUUCCCAGUUAAUACCUGUGUGUGUGUCUGUAUAUAUUUUCUGGCCCAAACUCAAAUUUUCUAUUUAUGUUUUUUUUUUUUCUGAAAUUUGAAUGGUUUUGUCUGCUGAAAUUAUUCAUUGAGUUUAACAGAGAUUAUCACUUAGUUUUGUACAGUAACAGAGACUUGUUUUUAAAGCAUGUUGGCAUUUUAAUUGUUUUAUUUGGAACAUACUGGGAU